AUGUUAUCUGCUGCAUAUGAGUUUAAGGACGUAUUUUCUAUGUAUGGAUACAACGACCAUCAAUUUAUUUGGGUGCCAUCGCAAGAAGAUUGGGAUAAAGUUAAAUCUGUCUGUGAACUUUUGGGAGUCUUCAAUCGAGUAACCAAGAUUGUAUCUGGUAGUGACUAUCCAACAUCAAAUUUAUUCCUUCCUGAAAUUUGGCGAAUGAAAGAGGUUCUAAUUAAUAAAUGUGAUGAUGGAAAUGACUACAUUAGAUCUAUGGCACAUCGAAUGAAAGCCAAGUUUGAUAAAUACUGGGGCGAGUGCAAUUUAUUGAUGGCAAUUGCGGCAAUUUUGGAUCCGAGGUUUAAGUUGGUGUUCAUACGAUUCUGCUUUCCGAAGAUUUAUCAAGAGGCUGAAGCUACGAAGAAUAUUGAAUAUGUUCAAAGAAUUUUGAAAGAGAUAUAUGAUGUGUAUCUUCAUGAACAUAAUUUAAAUCUCAAGGAACAGGAUCUUGCAAGCAAAGUUCAAGAAAGCUCUUCAAGUAAUCGUUCAGUCUUUGCAGUUCAUGAUGAGGAGGGUGGUGUGGAAAUUUGGGAGUCAUUUCUCAAAAGUGCUGAAACUGUGCUUCAACCUAUGAAAUCUGAAUUAGAAAUGUAUCUUGAGGAGGGUGUAUAUAUACCUAACAAGAACAUCGAAUUUAAUGCCUUGGAUUGGUGGAAAGCGAAUACUCUGAAGUAUAAUGUUUUGUCUAAAGUGGCCAAAGAUAUUUUGUCAACACCGAUUACAACUGUAACUUCAGAGUCUACAUUUAGUGCCGGAGGAAGGGUUAUUGAUCCACAUCGAGCAUCAUUAUCAACUGAGACAGUUCAGAAGUUGUUAUGUGGGGCUGAUUGGGUCAGAUCAUUGUAUGGGCUUAAAAAGAAGUGUGGGGAUGAUCAAAAUGAAGGGGAGGUGGAGAUAACUUUGCCAGAGGCAAUUUGA